UGUGAGAGCUGUGAUUGGUCACAGCUUGUCACAUGGUACAAGGCUGUUGUGAAUAGCCUUGUACCAUAUUUCACACGUAGUAAGCAAUGAUGUCAGAAGUGACAUCUUGCUUACUACUAUUCAUGUGAUCACUGGUUGGCCAAUCAGUGAUCACAUGAUCGGGACCUCACACAGAGGUCCCGUACAGCGAUCAGUGUUCUGCUGUGUCCUCCCAGGGAGCGCACAGGCUAAAAUGGCGGGCGCUGUUUAUGAACGGCAACCCGCUCCUGCACUGCUCCCAUCCGGCCGUUUAUAUACAUGGGCCGGACGGUUAGUGGUU